UUGGACUUGAACAGUUGGCAAAGAGCACUCCAACGAUGGCUCUUGCUCGAUCCCACCCAGUCAAAUUGAGCGGAGACGUUAACCGAAUCCUGUUCGUCAAGAACCUCAACUACAAAACUAAAGGAGAGGACUUGUACGAUUUAUUUGGAAAGUAUGGGGCCAUUCGUCAGAUCAGGAUAGGAACCGAUCCCAAGACUCGAGGCACGGCGUUUGUGGUGUACGAAGAUAUCCUCGAUGCCAAGAAUGCAUUCGACCAUCUGAACGGAUUCCAUCUGCAAGAGAGAUAUCUCGUCGUCUUAUAUCAUCAAUUCCAGAGACAAGCUGCCAAGGCAGAUCUCGCAAAACGAGAAGCCGAGCUGAUCGCGCUCAAGAAAACCCACAACAUCUCCGACGAGACCGAAUGAGUCUCUCCACCAUAUCCCUUCAUCCAACCUCUCUCGCCACAUCUUCCACAAAUAACCACGAUCCGACCAAGACAAUUUCACCACUUCAGAGCCGCGCGGGAGAGAGAGAAUGUUAACAAAAAAAGAAGUAGAGUCAUUGGGGUCGACUUGAUCCAACCGACUCCGUGUGGAACAUUUCGACCAAGAAACAUUGUAUUAAUAUCUCAAUUCCAAAAAAAAAAAAAAAGGAAAAGCUCUACACAUUUGACUCUAAUGAGCGAUCACAAUUAAGCAAGCUACUGUCAACAAGAGGUCACCAUCACAAGGCCAGACUCUCUUAAUCUCCGUCCGGGGAGCUGCACUGUUUCUCAUCCUAUGUACCCUCGUCGGAGAGACAGAGAGAGCCUCUGUAUGAUCAACUACUUGCUACAACUUGUUUGGGGCUUAUGUCAAAUGAUUCACAAUUAUGCUGGACUAAAUCAAACGCAGAAUUCUCAAGAAAGAUUAGAUUCUUAGAA